AUGGCCACUUGGGAGGAGUAUCUGGCGACGCAACAGUCCAUUGAUGGGGUGCAGUUCACAUGGAAUUUAUGGCCACACAGUCGUGUAGAUGCCCAAAGACUUGUUGUUCCUGUGUCGUGCUUCUUUACUCCUUUGAAAGAGAGACCAACUGACCAACCGCAACAACCUCCAUUGGAGUAUGAUCCUGUUUUGUGUCAAAAAGCAACUUGUAAAGCUAUUUUGAAUCCAUUAUGUUACGUAGAUUUUCGAGCGAAAACGUGGGUAUGUCCUUUCUGUAAUCAAAGGAAUCCUUUUCCUGCUCACUAUGCUGCAAUCGCCGAAGAUAAUCGUCCGCCGGAGUUGUACCCGCAAUUUACCACAAUCGAAUACACAUUGAAGAAAGCCACCACAAUGCCUCCCAUUUUUGUGUUUGUUGUCGACACUUGCAUGACUUCUGAAGAACUGAAAGCGCUCAAGGAGAGCUUGCAGACAGCUCUCUCACUACUUCCUGCUGAUGCAUUGGUUGGAAUUAUCACAUACGGUCGCAUGGUUCAGCUACACGAACUUAACGUGCAAGGAAUUAGCCGCAGUUUCGUGUUCAAGGGUACGAAAGAAGUCGCUCAAAAACAGUUGAAGGAUAUUCUGGCGAUGAACGUUGGCGGAUGUGUGCGAUCGGCUCACGCUUCAACUCAACCGAAUGCAGUUCCAACACCCGGUGCCGGUCCGAUGGGUGCUCCGAUUCGGCCAGGGCCAGGUCCCAUGCCUGGUCCACAAAAUGCAUCGUUUCCUGGUGGUGCUGCACCACUUGGUGCUCCAGCCGCUCCUCAACAUACAACAUUCAACAAAUUCUUGCAGCCAAUCAGCGAAUGUGACGAAUCAAUUAACGACAUAAUUGAUCAAAUAAGUGUGGAUCGUUGGCCGGUACCCCAGGGACAUAGGCCUCUUCGUGCCACUGGCGCUGCAUUAGCUGUGGCUGUCACAUUGCUUGAGCAAUGCUUUCCGAAUACUGGCGCUCGUAUUAUGGCAUUUGUUGGAGGUGCUUGUACUUAUGGACCAGGUGCUGUGGUCGGAGAAGAAUUGAAAACACCAAUUCGCUCAUGGCAUACUAUCAAGGAAGACAACGCUGUUUUUAUGAAGAAGGCCACUAAGUUCUACGAUUCGCUUGCAUCUCGAGCCGUUAAAAAUGGACACGCCAUUGAUAUCUACUCUUGCGCUCUUGAUCAGACUGGACUCUUGGAAAUGAAGAACUGUUUCAACUCAACAGGAGGUCAUGUCGUCAUGGGUGAUUCAUUUAACUCAUCCCUAUUCAAGCAAACUUAUCAGAGAGCGUUCGAUAAAGAUGCUCAUGGACAACUGAAAAUGGGCUUCAAUGCGACUAUGGAGGUAAAAACUGGUAAUGGGAUACGCAUCGAAGGAGUUCUUGGAUGUUGUGCGAGUGGAAAUGUGCGUAACGCAUGUGUUUCCGACACAGAGAUGGGAAUUGGUGGGACAUGCCAGUGGAAAUUCUGUUCACUCACGCCGAGGACCACUCUUUGCGUGUUAUUUGAAAUUUCUGCACAGCAUGGAUCAGCUAUUGCUCAAGGUGCUCGUGGAAUGGUUCAAUUCGUCACACAAUACCAACAUGCAGAUGGUAGAAAGAGAAUUCGUGUCACUACAACGUGUAGAUCAUGGGCUGAUAUGGCUACGCAACAGCCAAAUAUCGCUUAUGGAUUCGAUCAGGAAGCCGGGGCUGUUGCCAUUGCUCGUUUAGCAUCAUGGCGAGCAACGAAUGAGAAUGACACUCCUGAAGCACUUAGAUGGCUUGAUCGAACACUCAUUAGGCUGUGUCAAAAGUUUGGUGAAUACGCGAAAGACGAUCCGAACUCAUUCCGAUUAUCGGAUAAAUUUUCACUUUUCCCACAAUUCAUGUUCCACUUAAGGAGAUCACAAUUCCUGCAAGUUUUCAACAAUUCUCCGGAUGAAACUGCGUACUACAGGCAUAUUCUCUUCUCAGAAAACGUUCUCGAGAGUACAACGAUGAUUCAACCUGUGCUGUUCAGCUACUCGUUCAGUGGUCCACCGGAACCUGUCCUGCUUGAUACGUCAUCGAUUCUUCCAGACAGAAUCCUUCUUAUGGAUGACUAUUUCCAUGUGUUGAUCUAUCAUGGACAAACGAUAGCCGCAUGGCGAAAGAUGAACUAUCAUGAAGAUCCACAGUACGCGACAUUUAAACAGUUGCUGGAAGCUCCUGUUAGUGAUGCGACCGCAAUCCUCCAAGAACGAUGGCCGAUGCCACGAUAUAUCGUUACAGAGUAUGAAGGAUCUCAAGCCCGUUUUUUGCUGUCGAAGGUUAACCCGUCACUGACUCAUAACAAUCCGUAUGCAUCGGAAGGUGGUGCUCCAGUGUUUACAGACGACGUAUCGUUGCAAGUAUUCAUGGAACAUCUGAAGAAACUUGCAUCAUCGUCCUCCACGUAG